AUGCAUCGUCUUUUUGCUGAGCUGGAGCCAUCUUUAAUCGUCACAGAGCAAAACCUGGCAGACCGAGUUCGGUAUAUCUUGCGCUCAAAUAUAUUUGAUGUCGCCGAACUCGAACGGCUACGACGUGAGGCUGUUCCCUCGUCGGAUGAGAAUGCUACGGCUGAGGAUGCGGCGCCACAAAUGGUAGAGCAACCCGCAAACGUGGAUGCCGCCGUGAAUACCCCAGUUGUGGUUGAUUCAAACGAUGAUGGAACAGUCGCCCAGGAACUGGAAUUAGAGCAUAUGAGGAGUAUAUUGGAAGAGGCGAUUGUGGAAACGCGCAGUACGCCUCUCGAAAAUCGACCGCGACUUCCCCGCAUAGCCCUAAGCAAGCGGAAUCGGGCUGUCGUGAGGGCUCUGAACCCAAUGCUGGUUACCUAUUUGGAAGCCAGCCGGGACCUUUGCGAGACGGACUCAAUUCUUUUGGCGCCGCGCUGGCAGUCUGCCGUAUCAUAG